UGAAACUUCCAAAGUUAUGUUAGUUCAAUUGCCGGGUUUGCAUUGGUCACUUUGUGCGGAUACAUUUAUUUGUCACUUUUUUCAGUUUUGCAUUCGAACUACAUACAAUGUCUUCAACUGCGAACACGAGCAACGUUCCCAAAUGGUUGGAGGCUCAGCUAUUCGAGAAUAUCCUAAAAGAAAAUGUUCCAAAUUAUAAAGCUAUUAAGGAAUUUAAAGCCUAUGCCGCAGUUCCAGCCGGUGAAAAUUUUUCAACGGUUAUAACACGCGUUGAAAUUCACAUCGAAUUACAAGACGGCUCCACAAUUCCAAAAUUCUUCAUUGUCAAAACUCAACACGAAUCCGCGCUCUAUAAAGAACUAACAGAAGGCAUCGAGGAUUGUUUCACAACGGAACAUAUAGUCUAUCAGCAGCUUAUGCCAGCAUUUGAAAAGUUAUACCGCGAUGCUGGAAAGGAAAUUAAAUUCGCUGCUAAAUACCACAAACUACCCACCGAUAAGAGUCACAUGCUGUUGGAGGACUUAUGUCCGCUAAACUUUAGAAAUGCCAGUCGUUUGGAUUGCUUCGAUAUGGAACAUACAAAGCAGGUUCUCAAGAAAAUGGCCGAAUGGCAUGCUGUAUCGGCGGUGCAUAGAGAAAAUAUUGGGAAAUACGAUGAAGUGUUUACUGUGGGAACCUACAACGAGCGGCUGCGCAAAGGCAUCACCGUGUUCUUUGAGAGUAUGACCAAGUAUAUGCAGCGUUGUAUGCAUGUGUAUGAGAAUUCUGAGGAUUACAGGGAGAAGAUUGAAAAACUUUUACCCCGCAUCAUCGAUGAGCUGUGGAAGGCAACUAAGGUGGAUGAUGGCGAUUUCAAUGUCUUAAAUCAUUGCGAUUGCUGGGCCAGCAAUAUAAUGUUCCAAUACGGCGCCAAUGGCGAAUUGUUGGAUAACUACUUUGUCGAUAUUGGCAAUCCCAAAUACGGUAGUCCAGCUCAGGAUUUAAUCUAUUUCAUCUUGUCGUCGGCACAAACUGAUUUUAAAAUUAAACAAUUUGACAAUUUAAUACGAUAUUAUCAUGAACAUUUGGUGGAAAAUUUGGAAUUACUGAAAUAUCCAAAAGCUAAGCCAAGUCUUAAGGACCUGCAUGUAGCACUGCAUAAAUAUAAUAUUUGGGGUUUUGCCACAACGGUUGGUGUCCUGGCCAUUGCCUUGAUGGAUUCUACAGAACUGUCGACAUUUGAUAACUUUUUGGGCGACAGCGAUGAUGGCGAUAAAUUCAAGCUGCUGAUGUUCACCAAUAAACGUUAUAUCGAACAUGUCAAUGUCAUAAUGCCCUGGCUUUUGAAUCGGGGUGCGCUGGACUUUUAAAUGAUUCGGCAA